GAAAUAUUCACAUUUUCAUUACAUUCCGCUUCAAAACCUUUUAAAGCAUAAUAUAUACAUAAACUUAGCUUUAUAAAAAAAAUCUAUAUAUUUAAUCAUACUCCUUCGAAUAUGGGAAGCUGGUUUUCUUCUUUAUUGAGCAAGAAAGAGGUCCGCAUCUUGAUGGUGGGUCUGGAUGCGGCGGGAAAGACCACGAUUCUUUACAAGCUCAAGCUUGGUGAGGUCGUGACGACCAUUCCUACCAUCGGUUUUAAUGUUGAGACGGUGGAGUACAAGAAUUUGAAGUUCACGAUGUGGGAUGUUGGUGGCCAGGAUAAGCUGCGCCCCCUCUGGCGUCAUUACUUUCAGAAUACAAACGGCAUUAUUUUUGUUGUAGACAGUAACGAUCGAGAGCGUAUUGCCGCAGCGAGGAAGGAGUUAGAUAAGAUGUUAAUGGAAGACGAACUUCAGAAAGCGGUUCUACUUGUUUUCGCCAACAAGCAAGACUUGCCAAAUGCCAUGAACACAAACGAGGUCACGGAGAAGCUUGGGCUGCAUGCGCUUCGUCAAAGACAUUGGUAUAUCCAGGGCUGCUGUGCAACUACCGCUCAGGGACUGUAUGAGGGUCUUGAUUGGCUUUCCGCAAAUAUUAAGAGACUUUCUCUUUGAAUAUUAUUCUUAUUUCUUUUUACUAGAUUUGAGAACACUAAGCUUUUGAUUUUUUUAAAAUUAAGACAAGCCUCCUGGUCUCAUUUAUCGUGUCUUUUUUUUCUGUUAUGUUUAUAGCGAUGUGGUACAUAUUUCAUGAGUGUUGUGUCAAAUUGGUUUUAAAGAAUUUGUAGGUUUAUCACGCAAUGCAGCUUCUUUGCUGUUUGCAUACGUAGUUGAUUAAUUAGGUGUUUAUUAAUAGUUUCUGUUUGCAUCUAUAGUUUUCCAUGUCAACUGAGAAAUCCGCCAAGGGAUGUUCUGUUUCACUAUUAUUGCAGCUGAGUUAUUAUGAUUAUUUGCAGUGGAUGGUUUCUUAAAAUUUUAAAACUCUCCAUCAUAUUGUCUAGAAAAAGUGAAUUUGUUGUUGUACAAAAUUUGCGUGUAGACUACUUUGGAGGAGUAUAAUGGAAGCGAGGUUGGUAUCUUCUUGUUCAGCUAAAUAAUUUAUAAGAUAUUCAUUAUCUUCAGUUGACUGUUGUCAUUUUAAGACUUAUUGAAGGGUUCUUCCUUAUUGAAGGAAAUUUAGAAAGAUAAAGGAAAACAACCUCUUCGUUA